UUAAAGAAACUGAGAGUUUCUCUCACUGCGAAGUGAAAUGGCAGAACAAGCAGUUCAAGUGGACCAAAGAACCUUCUCCUGUUCAAUCUGUCUGGACCUACUGAAGGAUCCGGUGACGACCUCGUGUGGACACAGCUACUGUAUGAACUGUAUUAAAACGCACUGGGAUCAAGAGGAUUCAAUAAGACUCUACAGCUGUCCUCAGUGCAGGAAAACCUUUACACCAAGGCCUGAUUUGGAGAAAAACAUCAUGUUAGCAUCUCUAGUAGAGCAACUGAGGAAUACUGGACUCCAAGCUGCUCCUCCACAUGGCUCUGAUGAUGUACUUGAAGAUGUUUCCUGUGAUUUCUGCCCUGGAGGAAAUAUAAAAGCCAUCAAGUCCUGCUUAGUCUGUAUGGCGUCUUACUGUGAGGAACACCUAGAGACUCAUUAUAAUUUUUCUCUUGUAGAGUAUCACAUGCUGGUGGAGCCAAUCAAGGACCUGCAGCAAAACACAUUGUCUUCAGUAGAGGGAGCAGAGAGAGAGAGCUGGUUUGAUGUCGGUCUGUAUGAUGAGUAUGUUUUACUGUCUGAGCCAGAACCAAAAACAAGAGCAGACUUCUUGAGAUAUUCAUGUGAAAUCACGCUGGAUCCAAACACAGCACAUCCACAGCUGUUACUAUCAGAGGGGAACAGGAAGGUGACAUUUUCAUAUCAACAACAAUGGCAUCGCAGUCACCCAGACAGAUUCACUGAAUGGUUUCAAGUUCUGAGCAGAGAGAGUCUGACUGGACGUUGUUACUGGGAGGUAGAAUGGAAAGGCAAGGGAGUUUCUGUAGCCGUCGCAUACAAGGAUAUCAGCAGAGCAGAGGGGGGGAAUGAAUGUGGAUUUGGAUAUAAUGACAAAUCUUGGGCAAUGCUUUUUGACAUAAACAGUAAUUCAUUUUGGUACAAUAACACCAAAACUCCAAUCACUGUUUCUAAUUGUUCUAGAGUAGGAGUGUACCUGGAUCACAGAGCAGGUGACCUGUUCUUCUAUAACAUCUCAGAAACCAUGAGUCUCCUCCACAGAGUCCAGACCACGUUCACUCAGCCACUAUAUGCUGGAGUUAGAAUGUAUAACACUGCAAUCUCUGCUGAAUUCUGUCAACCCAGAUAGUCCACUAAAAGCUUUGUGGCAUUUUUUGGUUUAGCAUGUUUG